UCAAUUGUUUGAACAUGCCAGCCAAAUGCCAAUAGCAACGGCUGGUAGGCCGGAGUCCAGUGUUUCACAAAUGCUGGAGCCCCGCAUACCGGCUUGUAGAGGUCGUAAGGGUCCGAAUGAUGCGGAUAAGAGGUACAACAACAGGUUGAAACUGUAUCGCGACAAGCUGUGGGCUCUCGACUGGGUCGGUGUGGCCGGCGAGGCCGGGUGCGGUGCUGCUGUGUUUUUGACGGAGGACGAAGGGGCGACCUGGUACUGUUGUGGUGGCAUCAUCAGGUCUCAAAUUGACAAGGCCACGGCGGAGAAGGCCAAGGUCGACGAGCGAGACUUGAGGAAGUUGUUCCUCACUUCGGUGUACGAUGAGCAAGGUACCGACUGGGUCAAAACUGACCACAAGGUCAGCCUCGACCUCGCUAUGUUCAAGGGGUAUGGUCAGAAGGCAUUCGCUAUGAAAGCCUUCGGCAGCAAGCGAGAUGAGAAUGUGUUGAGGAUGCUCUUACCUAUUGAAUUCCUCAGCAAGACCAACGGUUAUAGGAAAAGUGGUCAAUUCCCGACGGUCGCCGCUGGUCACCAGCUCACUUUACCUAUUGUCCCGUUCGACGCUCCUGACGAAAGUCUCGCAGGCUUAUCAGCGUGCUCUAGCGAUCGCCGGCAGGUUGUGUCGACACUACAACAACCUGUCGGCGGGAAGGAGACAAUUAUUACUUACGAGAGGCGUUCGGUCGGUGGGUCAUCGGGAAACAUUCCGAAGAAGAAGGUGGUCGUCGGACCUCCUUCGAAUCUUCCGGUGAGCUCGCGUGCUGGUGCCAGCUCACACUCGAGGGACACCUCUCAACGUCGAAUGGACAUGGAAUCAGACGAAGAGACGGAGGAUGAUGCACGGGUUCGGCAAGUGCGUUCCCAGUUGAUAGCGACGCCAGGGUACAUCCAGGGCGAAGGCUCUUGCGAUGUGAAUGAGCGGCGUCAAAGUGGUGGAGGUGUCGAAGCUCGGGUGAGGGACGAUGGAGAACACGACGAGGAUGAAUGGGAGUGUGGUAGUGGCGAGCGGAGAGAACACGUUCGAGAAGCGGUUGACCAUAAGGAGUGGAAAAAGGUUGCGGUGAGCGGUGGGGUGGGCGGUGGCAGUGUCAGUGGUUCGGAAAUGGAAGACGAGGAAUUGGAAGAUGAAGAAGGAGAUGCCGGUGUUUCCGCGGGGCUACCUUCCAAGGGGAAGGGAAAACGCACAGCGCAGUCGUCGUCGACGCCAGCUGCGCCCAAGAAGCAGGCUCGAAGGAAAGCUGUGGACGAAGCUCGGGUCGCCUUGGAUGCAUCUCGAGGGACGCUUGGUGAAGCCGAUGUGAAAUGCAAAUCAAGUGCUCGGGUUCGCAAAACGUCACAACCCAGGAAGCCCGUGCGGCCAUCAAGGCGCCAGAAAUCGGACAACUCCACCGACGAUGCUGAAGGGGUGGCCCCUCGCUUGCUCUCCCUCCCUGACGACGACGAACAGGAGACGAAGAAACCAAGCGUGGUCAAUAUGACGCAGUGCUUCUUCCUCGAGUACGACGACGACAGCAAAAAGAGAAGAGACCCGUCGAGAGUGGUCAUUGACGUCGUGCAGAUUCUUCCAAUUCCGGUGGGAGAUAUCGCCUUCAACCAGCGAUCGCUGAACCCGGCCAUCGUUGCAGGCAUCGAAGCGGCAAUCGAUGCAUCAACUCGUCCAAGGUCCGAGGAUGAUCCAGCUCCGUGGGAUCCACCGGAGUUGGUGCUGGCUCCGAUUACACCAUCAAUGGACGAGAACAGCCAAGGGAUAUGCGUCCUUCCACAGGACUUCGAUCCCGAUAGGGAAGAUGAGUAUUUCUAUUACCCGGUUGCCGGUCAACAUAUUUUCGAAGCUAUGAAAAGAGCAGUGGCGAAUAAUUCUGCAGCAGUGGAGGUGUUCGAUUUUCGGAAUUAUGAUCGUGUGCGGAUCAUUUAUUUCGGCGACGACCAUACGAACGGGUACGCGUAUGUUUCGAUAUACGACAAUACGAGAGUUGACCGUGCUAUAUUGUCGUCGUUCCACCAAGCCUGCGAGGACAUCAGAGGAUUUUGAGACUCCAAGAAAUGGAUCGGCCCUGUGGGGAACGUGUCCAAAGGGGAUCCCGCCUGUUUGACGCAUCAGGAAGAGUGGAGGAAAUUUUUGAGGGCGUGCAUGGGGAAGUCAUGUGAGAAAUCAUUGUGGACCGAGUGUUUGGCUCCGAAGUGGCAACAGGACUGGACGAACAGAAUGAGGGGAUACAUGAAUGUCGCCACAUGCAGGGACAGGAUAUGGACAUUGGUAAAGGAGUUUUUUCUGAAGUUCGAGGUGGGGGAGUUGCCGCUAUACGACAACAAAUGCCCAAAGGACUU